AUGAGGAAAUUCGGUAGCGGCAGAGGCUGGGACAUACGUUUCGUCCAAGUCCUGCUGAAUCAUUUCAAAAACGACAACUUGAUCAACUCUCGCAGCUCGAGCGGCGAAAUUCCUCUUCACUUGGCUGUGGGAAAUCCAAAAUGCACUUUCGAACUGAUCGAGUUGCUUCUAAAUCACGGGGCCGACGUCAAUGUAAGAGACGCCUGGUCCAGGACUGCGUACCAGGCAUACUGUUAUGCCGUAAGCAAUGAUUCGCGUGAAUUAAGCCCUGCCUGGCUGAUGAUGCUUCAAUCGAACGAACAUCAGCGCUCGUUGCUACACGAAGCCUGCCUGUUACACGAUUUCGACGCAGCCUUCGAGUUGUUGAGCCAUGGGGCCGAUGUCAACGCCAAUGAUGAUUAUGGUCUUUCACCUAUGUUCUACGCCCUCAACGUGUCCGGAGACGUCAAGAAGAGGAAGGGCUCGACCUUCAGGCUGUUGCUCGAGUACGGCGCCGACACCGACGAAUUGAUUCGUUAUUCCCGACAGAACUUGCGUAUGCCCGAGGAAGCGAAGCUUGUCCGCGGCCUAGAACGUUGUAAGAAGGAGAAGAAUUGGGAAAUUGGCCAUUCUGGGUGA